CGCCGCGCACGGCGGCGCCGGGAGCAGGGAGCCGGCCGGGGCCAUGCGGGCCGGAGCCCCCGACGGCGCGGCGGCGCGCUCGGCGCUGCACCAUGGCCGCUGAGAACCGCUCGGCGGCGGGCGGCGGCGCGGCCUGGGGGCUGCUCGAUUUUAUCUUCCAGAAGGAGCUGUUUGCUGCCAGAGACACAGACCCCACGCACAACCUGUCUGCUCAGCCCUGGCAGGCGAAGAUGGCUAACCUGACCUAUGACAACUUCACUGUGGGCAACCGCUCCAGCCAGCCUGCCACCAACUACAAGACGGUGGAGCUGGUUUUCAUUGCCACGGUCACUGGCUCACUCAGCCUUGUCACCAUGGUGGGGAACAUCCUGGUGAUGCUGUCCAUCAAGGUGAACCGCCAGCUCCAGACUGUCAACAACUACUUCCUCUUCAGCCUGGCUUGCGCGGACCUCAUAAUCGGGGUCUUCUCCAUGAACCUCUACACGGUCUACAUCAUCAAAGGCUACUGGCCACUGGGGGCUGUGGUGUGUGACCUGUGGCUGGCCCUGGACUACGUGGUGAGCAAUGCCUCUGUCAUGAACUUACUCAUCAUCAGCUUUGACCGGUACUUCUGUGUCACCAAGCCCCUGACAUACCCAGCCAGGAGGACCACCAAGAUGGCAGGGCUAAUGAUCGCGGCUGCAUGGAUAUUGUCCUUCAUUCUCUGGGCCCCUGCCAUCUUGUUCUGGCAGUUCAUUGUGGGCAAGAGGACAGUCCCUGAAAAGGAAUGCUACAUCCAGUUUCUCUCCAACCCGGCAGUGACCUUCGGCACGGCCAUUGCUGCUUUCUACCUGCCCGUGGUCAUCAUGACAGUGCUGUACAUCCACAUCUCCCUGGCCAGCAGGAGCAGGGUGAGGAGGCACAAGCCUGAAAGCAGGAAAGAGAGGAAAGGCAAGUCCCUCAGCUUCUUCAAGAGCCCUCUGAUCAAACAGAACAACAACUCCCCCAAGAGGGCUGUGGAGGUGAAGGAGGAGAUGAGGAAUGGGAAAGUGGACGACCAGCCCUCAGCACAGACAGAGGCCACUGGCCAUCAGGAGGAGAAGGAGACUUCCAACGAGUCCAGCACAGUCAGCAUGACCCAGACCACAAAAGACAAGCCCACAGCAGAAAUCUUGCCAGUGGGGCAAGGACAGAGACCGUCCCACCCCCGGGUGGACCCACCUUCCAAGUGGUCCAAAAUUAAAAUCGUCACCAAGCAGACUGGGACCGAAUGUGUCACUGCCAUUGAGAUCGUCCCAGCUAAGGCAGGAGCCUCUAACCACAACUCCCUGGCCAUCAGCCGCCCGGCCAACGUUGCCAGGAAGUUUGCCAGCAUCGCCAGGAGCCAAGUACGGAAGAAGCGCCAGAUGGCAGCCCGGGAGAAGAAAGUCACCCGGACCAUAUUUGCUAUCCUGCUAGCCUUCAUACUCACAUGGACGCCAUACAAUGUGAUGGUCCUCAUUAACACCUUCUGCGAGACCUGUGUACCCGAAACAGUGUGGUCCAUCGGCUACUGGCUCUGCUAUGUCAACAGCACGAUCAACCCAGCCUGCUACGCCCUCUGCAAUGCCACUUUCAAGAAAACCUUCAAGCACCUUCUCAUGUGCCAGUACAGGAACAUUGGCACAGCCAGAUAAACUGGCACUCAGGGACCACUUCAGCAACGUUACGAAAGCCGUUCCCUUUGCCUCCUUUGACUGCGGGGGUGGAGGGGUGGGGGGGAUGUCCUCUGCUCCCCACUCACAACAGUCCGGACUGUGCAGUGAUUGCAGAUGAUGCCCUUCAUCCAGUGCUGACAAAGGUCCGUGGCACCUCUCAGCUGCAGUUCCUUCCAGUCACCCUGGGCCUGACAACUAGCUUGGGGAGCCAGCGGGAAAGCCAGCAGCAAGAGGAAGAGCUGUGGUCACCAGGCACCCUCCCCAGCUCCCUGCUCUUGAGAGGGUGGCCAAAUGGCAUCAGUGUUUGUCCUAAACAAGAUGUCUCUUCUCCCCCUUGGCUGUCUUCAGAGCAUCAGAGCUUGUCUGCUUGCAGACACCCUAAUGCUGGAUGCUUUGCAUAGCCUUUUAAACCAUUUAUUACCCAAGAAAUGAAAGAAACCAGGGCCAAACAUUUGCCAGCCAUUUUGGAUGAGGCUGGCUCAGGCAUGCUCAUGAACCAUCCUGUCAGCCCAGCCAGGCCACCCUCCCGAGGCACUCAAGAUUGCACCCUAGCAGAUGUGACAAGCUCAUUCCUUUCCCUUGAGUGCCGUCAUCAUGCAUCCUCACCCUGGGACAUGGAGGGGGCAGAAUUUUUGGCUGGGCUUUGGCUCCGGUCUCCCUUUCAUGCCUUUUCCACCCACAACCAGCAAUUGGCUGGACGGACAGACAGACAAGCCGAGCAUCUCACUCCGGGUGAGGAGCGUGAAACCCAGCCGCCUCCUACAAUGAUGGAAACUAGAACUGCAAAGAAAAGCAGUGGUAUGGUGCAGGACAUCUCUCCACAGCCUUGGGGGGAACAUGCCCCCUGAGAACUGGGCAGCAGUGACAGUGAAAGUAGCUGUCCUUGGGAGGGACAGGGGACCU